AUGUUCCCUUUUAAUAAUCAGAAAACAAAAAAACAAGAAUUUGUAGAUAAGGCACGGUCAGAACGUGAACAACGUGAAAAGCAACGUGUUAAGCAAAAGCAGGAAGAGAAAAAGUUAAAAGCUGUAGUCGAAAUACAAUCUUUAUGUCGAAAGUAUAAUCGGAGAAAGAAAAAUGUUGAACAGUUGAGAAAAUUAUGGGAUAUUGACGCUGGGUUUUCUCUAGAUCAUGAAACUCGAACAAUUUCAAAGUCUUCUUCAAUAGAAAUUCUUCGUCUUACGUUAUUACUUUUUGCUUUCUUCAACUCUGAUCAAAUAAUAGAUAAAGUUAGAUUUACACACCUUUGCAAAAUGAUAUUAUCAACAACAACAACAACUUCUACUACUGAUCAAAAUAUUCAACAUGUAGUAACUGCACCGUUUCAUUUAUUAUUACUCAGCGAAACUUAUGUGGAUAUUGCUCAAAAGUUCAUAAAAAAGAUUCUUUAUCAGUGUGUCAUCAAUGUAGUUGGACUUUUAAUUUAUUUUCUUGAUCCCAAAAAUUAUAUUAUAAAAGGAACUUCUCUUAAUUCCAAUGUUAUAAGUAUAUCAAAUCCUCCAACCAUCUCUACUUUAUGGAAUCAACAUUUAUUAAUUUUACAUAAUUAUUUAAUAAUAGAAAAAGGAUUUUAUAAAGAAAUUCGUAAUGGAAUGAUUAAUCGAGUGAAUUUAAUAUUAUCCAUUAAAUCAAGAGAGAAAAAAGUGAAAUUAUCUAACGAAGAUGAAAAAAAGUUGAAAUCAACACAAUUAUGGUUAAAAGCAUGCCUUCGAUGUUGUUUGUUUCCAUUAAAUUUACAAUUUAAUGAUGGAGAUAAUAAUAAACAAUCAAUUCCUUUAAAUCAUAAUUUAAAUGAAUUUUUAAUUUUCGUUUUAUCAACUCCAUGUUUAAUAUCAUGUUUUGAUGAGAUUUGUAUGGAGAUGAUUAAACAAAAUAAUAUUCCAUCAAGAAUAAUUGAAAAUUUAUGUUCACAUGAAUUUUCAACAAAUUUUAUAAAUAUAAUGUCAGGAAAUGAUAUAAUAUUUUUAAUGGGAAAUAUUACAGAAUUGGUGGCAAAAUUGAAUAUAUUAUUUAAAAAAAAGAAUUUAUCAAACAAUACUAAUAAUAUUAAUAAUAUUAAUAAUGAAAAGUCAGAUAAGAAAGAAAAAAUAGAUAAGAAAGAAAAGAUCGAUAAUGAAAUUAAGAAAGAUAAGAAAGACACGAAGAAAGAUAAGGAUAUUAAUGUUUCACCUGACUCAUCAUCAAUAAAAUUUCACGAUUUCAUUCGAGCUAUUAUAACGUUAAUUCAAAAUUGUCAGAAAUUUGUAUCUACGAAACAAUCAAAAAUUCAUUAUCAAUAUCAUCCAAUUUUUAUGUGGUAUUCGGGAAAGAUUGAUAAAGAUUUUCCAAGAGAACAUUUUACCAGAUUAAUUAAUCAACUUGAAUAUCUUUGGCAAAGACCUUUUUUACUUAAUGCAUUUGAUCAAAUUUUGAAUUUUAAGUUAUCUCCUCAAAAUGAUGAUGAUAAUAAUUCUCAUCAUCAUUCUUCUUCUUCGAAUUCUUCGAAUUCUUCGAAAUCCUUUACACAAAAAAAAUCGGAUUUUUUGGAUAAUAAGAAAUCAAGAUUGAUUUCUAGUCAAACAACUCUCUUGGCGGUUGAUACUCAAUUAUUAUGUAAAUUUUAUUUGAUACUUUCAAAACUUUUGGGAUCUCAGAAGCAUGAUAUUAUGAUGAAUUUGACUUAUUUAUCACGUUUUGUUCCUAGUCUAUGGAAUUUCAUGAUGUGUUUGGGUCCUAAAGGUAGAAUGAAAAUUUUUUUGGCGGAUCCAGUGGUAAAAGAUCCGGAGAAAGAACCAUUGAUUGAGAUAUUGGAUUUAUUCUGUGAAUCUUGUGGCAUAUUAUUAUUAACCUUGGAUGAUGAUGAAUUAUAUGAGCAACAAACACCAUUUACAAUCGAGAAUGAUAUAAUUCCCAUGGUCAAUUUCUUUAAUAAAUUUUGUUUCGCAAUUCUCAGUCAUUCUUCACUCGAUAAACCUCUUCCGGCAAUUUUUGAAUCCGCUCGAAGGGAUCCCAAGAAAUCAUUACCCAUAUCUUUUACAAACUUUUUAAAAAAAUCAACUUCAAAAGAUAGUAAAUUAGGAACUUCAUUCUUAGAACGAGUUCGUAAUAAUGAUACUAUUUCUAUUAGAAUAUUAAAUUUAUUACCUCAUACAAUUCCUUUUGAAACAAGACUUGAAAUAUUUAGGGAAUAUUUAACUAAUAGUGUUAUACCUAAUGGUAAUGAGUUGGGAACGGUAAUUACCGUCAGAAGAAAUCAUGUUUUAGAUGAUGCGUUUAAACAUUUAGGAGGAUUAACUGCAAUUCGUACGAAGGGUAAAAUUCGAGUUAAAUUUGUUAAUGAAGCAGGUUCGGAUGAAGCUGGUCUAGAUCAAGGUGGUCCCUUUAAAGAAUUUAUUACGCAAUUAAUUGAAGAAGCCUUCGAUCCAGAAUUUGGUCUAUUUUCUUUUACCCCGGAUAAUUGUCUAUAUCCUAAUCCUUAUGUUCAAUCUACCAAAUUAGCACUUUAUUCAUUUCUGGGAAGAAUGAUCGCUAGAGCGCUUCAAGAAGGACUUUUGUUAGAUGUUCAAUUUGCAGGAUUCUUUUUGAGUAAAUUAUCAGGAAGAGCGGUAUUUUUAGAAGAUCUUGUUGGAUUGAAUAAUGAAUUAUUGAAGAAUUUAAUGUUUUUGAAAAGAUAUCCAGAUGUUGAAGAGUUGGGAUUAUAUUUUGUUGUAGAUGAAGAAAUAAAUGGAAAAAUUGUUUCCAAUGAACUUAGACUGGGUGGAUCUCAUGCGAUGGUGACUAAUGAAAAUAGAAUUCAGUAUAUUUAUUUGAUGGCGGAUUAUAAAUUGAAUAGAUUAAAUAAGGAACAAACGAAAGCAUUUAUAGAUGGCUUUCAAUCUAUGAUACCCGAGAAUUGGUUAAGAAUGUUUUCUCCACCAGAAUUGCAACGUGUAAUUUCAGGGGAAGAUGUUGAUUGGGACCCUGCGGAUUUACGUAAACAUACAGAAUACCAAGAUGGAUAUACAGAUCAACAUAAAUGUAUCAGAAACCUUUGGUCAAUUUUAGAAGAAUUUGAUACCAAUGAUAAAAGAGCGCAUUUGUUACCAAAAUUUACCAUUAGAAUGGUAUCAACUGAAAAUGAACCAGAAAAUUCUAGACAUGUCAUUAGACCAGUUAAAGCUUUCUUUAAUAUUGGUAAGAAUGCAACAAAGGGAAGAUUACCAACAACUUCUACAUGUUUUAAUCUAUUAAAACUUCCAGCCUAUCCUUCUAAAUCUAUUACGAAAGAAAAGUUAAAAUAUGUUAAACCCAUACUUGAGUCGCCUCGAAGACGUAACCUCCGAGAUUAUUUAAAUGAAUCUCCUCAACGAGAUCCGACUUAUUUUGUAUGUUACCAAUGUGGUACUAGUUGUGUUAAUGAACGAAAGAAAGAGCAACAUAUGUAA